AUGACAUCCUACCUUCAGAAAGCAGGUGUAAAGCUCUUUGAAAAGAACCUCGAGCAAUACCGACCCGAAGACCCACUUUACGAGUCUUAUACUGACAGCCGUGGUAAACAACGCCGCAGAAAGCGCGCGAUACCUCCUGGCCUUUCAGCACGUGAUGCAAAGAUUCUCAAGUCGGUGCAGCGUCGGGCACACUACCUAGACAAAGGGUUCUCAAUCUGUGGUCUCCGAUUUGGCUGGACCUUCAUCAUUGGCAUGAUCCCUGGUGCUGGCGAUGUCGCUGACGUCGCGCUCAAUUAUUAUCUUGUCGUCCGCAAGGCAAGGCAGGCUGAGCUACCAGCUUGGCUCGUGCAACGCAUGCUCCUCAACAAUGCGGUAUCGGCUUUGAGUGGCCUAGUGCCCGUAGCGGGCGACAUCGUCAUGGCCGUGUUCAAGGCGAAUUCGAGGAACGCCGCGCUCCUGGAGGAGUUCCUGAGAAUAAGAGGGGAAGAAUUUUUGAAGUUGCAGGCGGACAGGGAGCAGGGAAGGGUUGUGAGUGUGCCCGAGAAGGACUUGCAUCAGGUCAAGCCCGGUGCAGGCAUGUCAGAUGAUGCGGCAGCGACUACGUCACAGCAGAAGACAAAGUUUGUGUCCUGGAGCCGAACAAACCGUAAAGACAAGCAGCGCGCCCCUACUCCCGGUGACAAGGGAAGGUUCGUUGAGGAUGUGGAGCCAGAUGAUGCAGCACCCAGCGAAGAGGCGGAGACCGGUGCCAUUAGGCUGCAGAACAGAUGA